CCUUCCUUGUUGAUGUCUCGUGUUGUCAAGUCAGGAUAUUUAUCAAUGCAGGGUAAUGAUGAAAAUUUGUAUAAAGCCUUCCUUGUUGAACGGGUGGAGUAUGAAGCCGAACUAGAAAUAAAAGCCUGGAUCGACAUAAAAGAGAAGGAUCCUGAUUAG